AUGAUGAACGAAGGUAACUGUGAGAAUAAACCUGCAGGAGAAGAUAACUCCGUUGGGGAAUAUACUGAUGAGGAGAUUACUCCGAGGGGAAUUACUCUGUGGGGAAGAUAUGCUCUGCUGAGGAUUUUAACGAUAAACUUCGCCGGGGAUGCUGCUGAUAAACUCCACUGGGGAUGGGUUACCGUUGCUGACUCUUGUGGGGAUAAUCCUUUGAGAUCUGCAGGGAAUGACCUUUUGCACUCGGCUGAGGAGAUUUACUUUUGUACUCCGCUGGGGAUAGACUUCCAGAGUCUACUGGGGAAGAUGAUUCAACUCCGUUGGGGAAGCUUUUUUAAACUGUGCUGGGAAAAUAUUGAUUCCACUGGGGAUAUCUUGUAUGCUACCGGGGAAUAUUCUUAUACUCCGUUGAGGAAUAUUAAGGCUGUUGGGGAUGCUCUUAUACUUACUGGGGAAUAUUCCUGUUCUCCGCUGGGGAAUAUUAAGACCUUCUGGGGAAACCAAGCCUUUUUAGGGCUGAUGGUAGAUUAA